AUGAGACUGAGGAUAAAUGGCACAGUGAAUAAUUAUGAAAGACACAGCCUUUUACAUUUAACUCAGACGAUCUCUUUGAUAAGCAAACGAAAUGAAGCUGAUCUUUGUAGUCUGGAAACAGAAGAACGAAAACUGCCUACCGACUACUCUUUGUGGGCUGAACCCUAUCAGGAAAUUUACGAUCAUCUUUUGGAAGCCCCAGUCACUCGGGAGCAAUUAAACCACUAUCGGAAUGUGGCUGAAAACGCCCGAAGUGAACUUGCAGCAACUCUGGUCAAAUUUGAAUGUGCUCAGUCUGAGCUUCGAGACCUCCGAUCCAAAAUGCUUUCUAAAGAAGUUUCCUGUCAAGAAUUGAAAGCUGAAAUGGAGACUUGCAAAGAGGACAAUGCCAGAAAAUCAUCUCUCCUCACCUCUCUGAGAGACAGAGUUCAGGAGCUGGAAGAAGAAGCAGCAGCAAUAUCCUCUUCUAAAAUUAGAACAGAAAUCGCAGCUCACACUGCAAUCAAGGAGAACCAGGAGUUAAAGAAGAAAGUUGUAGAACUAGACGAGAAAUUACAAAGGUGUUUACAGGAACAUGAGGAGAAUGAGAAUCGCGUCUCAAAGAACCGCAGGGAACACGAGGCGUUUCUAGCUCAACUUCGUGACUGCUUAGAUCCAGACAAGAAGAAUGAAAAGGCAUCAGAGGAAGAUUUAAUUCUAAAGCUUGGAGAGCUGUGCGAGGAAAACGCAUUCAUGAAAGGACAAAUUGUUACCUUUGAAGAGACCGUAACUGUCCAUGAGAUGGAGGCAAAAGCUAGCAGAGAAACGAUCAUGAGGCUGGUUUCAGAAGUAAACAGGGAGCAGAAAAAAGCUGCCUCCUGCACUGAAGAGAAAGGCAAGCUGCACCAGGACUUACUCAGUGCCAUAGAGGUGAAAGAAGGCCUCGAAAGGGAAGUGAAGAUCUUCCAAGGAAGGCUGCUUGCUGGCCAGCGGGUCUGGGAUGCCUCAAAGCAGGAGCUGAGCCUCUUGAAGAAAAGCUCUUGUGAGUUUGAGAAGAGGCUGAAGGCUAGCCUGGAUGCAGCUGCAGCCUUGCAACGCCAGAACUCCUCGUUCAGGGAGAAAAUUGUGACCCUUCUCAGGGGCAGCCCAGGCAUGACUGAGUCCACGGAGGAGGCCAUUUUGGAGACGAUUCGAGAAAUGGGCCUGCAAGAGGAAAGCCGGAAUAGGAUGGUCUCUCAGCUUGAAGCUCAAAUAUCUGAGCUUGCUGAACAGUUGGAAAAUGAGUCUGGGUUUCAUCAGAAAGCUCUACAGAGAGCCCAGAAAGCAGAAAACAAGUUGGAGACUCUUCAGGAUCAGCUGACGCACCUGGAGGGAGAGCUAGUUUCUGGAGAUGUUUUGCGAGACAACUUGAAUUUUGAGAAACAAAAAUAUCUUAAAUUUCUGGAUCAGCUCUCGGAGAAAAUGAAAUUGGACCAGAUGGCUGCUGAGCUUGGCUUCGACAUGCGUCUGGAUGCAGUUUUAGCUCGCACAGAGCAGCUCGUCCGCCUCGAGAGCAACGCUGUCAUUGAAAACAAGACCAUUGCCCACAACUUACAGAGAAAGCUAAAGACACAGAAAGAAAGACUGGAGAGCAAAGAACUGCACAUGAACCUCCUCCGGCAGAAAAUAGCCCAGCUGGAGGAAGAGAAGCAGGCUCGCACGGCCUUGGCCGUGGAGAGGGACGAGGCCAACCUCACCAUACGGAAGUUACAGAAGAAGGCGGAGAGGCUGCAGAAGGAGCUGAGCGAGAGUCGAGAAUCAAACACUGAGCUCAAAGCCAAACUGGCUGACACCAAUGAGCUUAAGAUUAAAACUUUGGAACAGACCAAAGCCAUCGAGGACCUAAAUAAAUCCAGAGACAAACUGGAGAAGAUGAAGGAGAAAGCUGAGAAAAAGCUAAUGUCUGUCAAGUCAGAACUGGAUACUACAGAGCAUGAGGCUAAAGAGGAUAAAGAGAGGGCCAGGAACAUCAUAGAACUGGUAACCAGCGAAACGAAGACACUAAAGAAAUCUCUGGAAGAAGCAGAAAAGCGAGAAAAGCAGCUGGUGGACUUCAGGGAGGUGGUUUCCCAGAUGCUGGGCUUAAACAUGUCUAGCCUUGCUCUUCCUGACUAUGAAAUCAUCAAAUGUCUUGAAAGACUGAUUCAUUCACAUCGACAUCACUUUGUCACCUGUGCUUGCCUCAAAGAUGCGACUACCAGGCAAGAUAGGCACCCACAAGGCCACUUGAAACUUCUUCAUUGAACGCCAUAUCUCUUGAAGGAUGUGGAGCUGAGAGAUGGGACACAAAUUCCUCAAACCUUUGAAAUUUGAUCAGUGUGUGAAUGUGAUAUAUUUGGUGAUAGAGCGAGAAUCCAUCAUUGGCAACAAAGAAUCUCAAAGGUGCCAGUCGUAGAUAAAUGUUCAGCACUAAAAA